AUGCCUGCGUCCAAUGAUCGUGACAGGAUUUUUCAAUCCAUCAGAGACGAGAUACGGGCUAUGAGUCCCAGUGCGCGUCGUAGCUUGAUCGAAAGCUGCAUCUCUAGCAAAACAAUAUUCACCCCUUUGCUAUUAGACGACUAUACGACCGAAGCUCCCAGUGUACCUUCAUCUCAGCCAAACGAAACUCCACCGAAUGUUAAUCCACAGCAACAGGAGAAAGAAAAUGGAUAUACAGUUAGAGAGACCGACAGAAGGGCGCAAUUUGCUACAACCUCAGUGCUUGGUACCAUAACUAAUAUGGAGGAUAGCGAACGCCUCGCACUGCUGGACGACGUUCUUUUGAACCAGAUAGACGAACGCAAUCCACUGAAGCGAAAACUAGAAGACGAGCAGGACACAGCUGUGUCUUUAUAUCUCGAAAGACUCUCUAAAACGACGCGAAGCAAGGGCCGUAUUGUCGACUGUGUAGCGGAGCCCGACACUCAGUGGAAGGAAGUGAGGUGUGAUCCAUCUGACCGUAAUUUGCUCGCGAAACAAAAGAUUCGGAGAAUCGUGCACACAAAAUAUCCAACGUUGAAGGAGUACGUGUGCAUAAGGUGUGGAAAGGUUGCCGCUGAAAGGAUUCACGAUAUGAUCAAGCAUGUUGCCGUUCAUUCACCAGGAAAGUUUCACUGUGUCAAUCACGGAUGCUCUUGUGGCAGGACAGGGGCUUUUAAUCGCGAGUCUGCUUUACGCAGACAUCUCGCUACGAUAGCCGCCAAGAGCUCUUAG